GCAACACACUUGCACCUUGGGCAUUUAAUAAACAUGAUUGCAUGUGAGAGUCAUACCUCUUAUGUUUCAGAUAAUGCACCUGUGAGCAAGGGCUUGAUGGGGUGUAUGUUUCUUACCUGCACUGCACUCAAUGUCCCACUCUUGGCACACCUCAGGAAAUAUCUCAUAUGCAAGCUUCCAGAUGUCUUUUUAAAAGGAGAGAUAUGGAGAAUAGCUUCAGCAAAGAUAUCUUUUGUAGACACAAAGGACCUGGUGUGUGGCUCAUUAUUAAUUUAUUAUUUCAGCAACAAAUGAUGAUGAACAGAGCAAGAGAAAUGCGCAACAGACCCGGGGCAAAUGGUGCAGUACAUCCAUUCAUGCAGAACUUCCUUGGCAGAAGACAAAACAAUCCAGCUCAUCCUCCGCCUCCUCCAACGGAAGAGCAAGUUCAAACUUUAGUCGAGAUGGGAUUUGAUCGCCAGAGAGUAAUAAAUGCACUUCAGACUUGCAAUAAUGAUGUAAACACGGCCACACAUCUUCUUCUGCAGGAAUCAUGAUAAUUGUAGUCAUGUAGUCCUAACUAUCAAUGAGUAUGUGAUAGGGUCCAUAAUGGAGGCAAGUGUGCAUUUAGGUUUGUCAUAAGAAAUUCCAGAGAAAACUUGGAACUGAUUGACUGUAACUUUGAAUAUACAGAAUAAAGUAGUUUUGAAAUGUUUUAAAUAUUUAAAAGUUGAUUUGUAUACAGUAGAAAUCAAAUUAUUUUGUAAGGUGGAAAUAUUUUCUUGAAUAAUCAAGAUUUAAGUGGGUCACUUCCUUGUUUACUGGGCAUUGCUGUUUCUGUAUUUUGUAAUAACCUUUGGAAGGCCAAGAAAAGUAUUAAUUGGUGAUUUAAAGACAGAUAUUAUAAUGAAGACUACUGUGCACCUUAAUCCAUUUUAUAAGUUAUCCCAUUAAAGAAUGUGAUGGCGAUGACUGUGUUCACGUGGUAAUGCUAGUCAUAGCAUGUGCAACAAUGGCAGUUAUUUUGUUAGUACUCUGCUGUAGUACCAAAAUUUGUUGGACAUUUGGUAAUUCAUACACAAUUUUUAUGUAGGUCAUGUAAUUUAGAGGGUAUCUUGUUUUUAUUGAAAAUCUGAAGUAGAACAACCAUUUAUAUUAGCUUCUCAUCAAAAGGGUAAGUGUUCACAUUUGGCUUUUUGUCAGAAGGGUAAAUACUCUUCUUGGUUGCAUGUCAUUAUGCAGUAAAGUAUAUUUUUUUAUUUCAGUAAAAAUACCAUAAAGGGUAUUCAUUUGUGGUGUCCCAAAUAGCCUUAACCUUUGAUGUUACUAAGAAUACAGCACUGUAUCUCUCUACACAAGAGGUAUUGUAUUGGUCUGUUGUCUCAGUCUUUUGUUAUCAGGUUUUAUUUAUUAUGACACAGCUUGUGUUCACUACUACUGUUCUGUACAGUACAGUAUAAUUAUAAUAAAUGACCAUCUGGAUGUUAACACUACUGUAUCUUCAUGUUAAAGUCACAAUUAACCCCUUCAUCACCAUCAAGGGGUGAGAGUGCAAGUUCAGGCUA